GCCAUGGCACCCUGCAGCUUCACCCUCCUCCUCCUCCUGCUGGACACGCUGAUCUUCCCAGAGCACGGACACGGCCUCCGGCGGCACAAGAGGGACUGGGUCAUCCCCCCCAUCAACUGCCCUGAGAACGACAAGGGACCCUUCCCCAAGCAGCUGGCACAGGUACGUGUGCCCGGGGAGACCGGGCAGGAUCCAGGGGAUCCCUGGGGGACUGGGACACGUCUCACCCCCCUCUUCCUGCCCUGCUGCCAGAUCAAAUCCAACAAGGACAAGGAGACCAAGGUUUUCUACAGCAUCACGGGGCAGGGAGCGGAUACCAUCCCCGCGGGUGUCUUCAUCAUCGAGCGGGAGACGGGGUGGCUGGAGGUGACAAAACCCCUGGACCGGGAGGAGAAGGAUAAAUACGUGCUCUACUCCCACGCCGUGUCGGCCAACGGGCAGCCCGUGGAAGACCCCAUGGAGAUCAUCAUCACCGUCACUGACCAGAACGACAACCGGCCCGUCUUCACGCAGGCAGUUUUCCACGGUUCUGUGCUGGAGGGAGCUGAGCCAGGCACAUCGGUGCUGCGGGUGCUGGCCACCGACGCAGACGACGCCGUGAGCUCCAGCAAUGGCGUUGUGAGCUAUUCCAUCCUGAGCCAGGUGCCAGAGAAGCCC